AUGACCCCCGUCCAGCCUGGAGUAGCAGUCGGCGCCGAAGAGGGCGCUGUUUGUGUCGAAGCAGACACAGAAUGUGCACGACCAGAAGGUCUGUCGUGGCAGUGGCCAGCCAUUCAGGGCCAAGUCUCGAAUGUCCACGAAUUUGGGGCAGCAUUUCGCCCACGUUGGGUUGACGAUAGGCGUGGGACUCGAACCACGGCAACUGUUCUGCCUUUGCCACACGAAUGGCGUCGCCCCGGCGCCGUCUCGUCGAUCCGCUCUCCCCCUCCUUCCGGGUAUAGUGCACAAAACGGCAUUCGCAUGCCUUCGCGACACCAUAGCGACCAACAGACGACUUUGAGACCAAGUUUAGCCUAUGCGCACCGCGGCACUGGGCCGUGCAACUCGUCAGUGGAACCCAGUAGAAUUUGUCGCUUUGCCACCAUUCCACUUCUCACGGUUGGGAUCAUUGCUUGUCUCCAGAAUGCGAGAUAA